AUGUUAUCUGCGGCCGCUUCUCAGGGUCUUGUUUGGCGUUGGGAUAUUGAUUCCGGACUUGGUCAAUGCGAUAAGUUCUUGUAUGUAAACGACGACUUCAUCAAGGCCGGUACAUUACUUGCAAUUGGAAUUAUUUCGUCUGGCAUCCAAGACGCUUGUGACCCUGCUUCUGCUCUCCUGAUCGAUCAUAUUCAUUCUGAAAGGGCUGUUAUUCGUGUCGGUUCCGUACUCGGGUUAGGACUAGCGUACGCUAACUCCAAACGUGAAACGGUAAUCAAGAACGAGGAGGGUGGAGUGAUUUUCGAGCUGAAAAAGGUUCUCACGGAUUCAAAGCCAUCAGCAACCAGUGAAGUGAAGGGCUUGACCGGCUUAGCGCUUGGUCUUAUCAUGGUUGGAACAGCAGAUCAUACCGUAGCAAUGGAAAUGCUUCAAAACGCCUGA